AUGGAUAAAACAGUUCGGCUAAACCCUUUUAAAACAUUUACAGAUGACACAGAUCAAGGAUCAGAUACUUGCAGGGCUAUCUACUCAUAUAGUUCUAAGGCUGAUUCAACUCCAAAAUUUAGACUUUCUAUGCCUUCUAUGAUAAGAACCACAGCCUAUAUUUCUCCGAGAUUAAAAAGAAAGCAGUCUUUGGCUUCCAGACAGGCAGAUCAAAUUUCGUUAACACAUCGCGAGUUUGCUAUGCCAAAGGUAGUAAAAGCUUCACAUGAUAUUUCUACACCUAGCCUAAAAAGUAAAUUUAAAAAAGCAUGUUCCACAACUUGGUCAAGCACAGAUGCCAACCCCCCCAACCCCAUCCCCCCCCACCCUAUGUUAAUAGAUCCCACCCCCUCCACCCCCUACCCCCCUCUAUCAUAUAGGUAGACAUAUAAGUAUAAAAUCUUACAAAUAAGACAUACAAUAAAAUUUUAGUUAAUUCAUAAAUGGAUUCAUAAAUAGAUUCAUAAAUAAAUAUUAAUGAUCAUAAGUAUAUUUAGCAUAGACUGAUAUAGCCAAUAUAUUAGUAAUACAUUUAAAAUAAAAUAAUUGCAAAAAACUUGUUACAUAGAAAGGAAUCAAUAAAUGACUCAAAAAAUAUUUUGAUAUCUCUAUAAAGUCUUUUACUCCCCCUAUUUAAUAACGAACACUUUUUUAGUUCGUUGUUAAAUGGGUCUAACUUAUAAAAUUUUUUUUGGGAAAAAAAAAUAUAUAAAAUUUAUAUUAAAUAUCUAUGAUUUUUUAUAUAAAAAUUUCAAUAAAGGGUUAAUAAUAAAAAAGUCAAAUGAUGGCAGCAUAAAGAGAAAGCGCCUAAAUUCAUGCGAAAAAAUAACUAUUGCUAACUCCCCCACUCCGUGAGCGAACAAAACCAUUAGAAAAGUCCCUCACUCUUCGUGAGCAAACAAAAAUUUUUUUAAUAGAAAAAUUUUUUUAUGGAAAAAAGUUUGAUAUAUAAGCGAUAAUUAUUAUAAUGAAAUCUUUGCCUAAUUCUUUUUAAUUUUAAACAAAUUGCAUUUUAAAACAUAAAUUUUACAAAAUUCAAUUAAUAUUUGCUUUCCAAUUUUUGCGAAUUAGGAUUUUUUUAAAUUUCGUAAAAAAAAUAAUAUUUCUAUAAGUUUAUAUAUAAAUUUAAAAACAAAAUAAUCUCCUUCUUGAGCAAACGAUAUUUUUUUGUUCACUUACGGAGGGGGGAGUAAAGCACCAUCUUAAGAUUAAGCCAUAUUAGCUCUUAUUUAUUACUCUUUGCUUGAUUAUGCUUGUCUUUUAUCUUACUCUAACUACUUAAAAUUAGUAAACUGUAAAGACUAAAUUAGCUUAUAUAAAUUUUAUAGUAAAUUUUGUUCGGUAUUUAAAUGAGCCUAAGGAAAAAUUUUUAGGAAAAAUAUGACGGUUUUGUUCGUUAUUAAAUGGCGGGGGGAGCUAUAGAGGUUUCCUCUAUAUAGCGCUAAAAGCGCAGACAUUUUCCCAGGAGCUUUCCAAGUUCGUCGGACCAAAUCGCUUUUUGGUCCGACCAAGGCAUUGAUUUGGUGCAACCUACCCGAUAAAUUCCGAUCAGAAUUUAUCGGCCUUACAGCGCCAAACAUAGGAAACUUCUAUAGCCUGCAUUCUUUAGAAAUUUUUUGACCUUUAUAUGAUUUAAAACAUGAGGUAUGUGCUUGAAGGUUCAUUGAAAAUAUACUUCCUCGUUAGCACACUGUAUCCGAUUUUUUUUUCAUCCCUAUGACUUUGAAUUUUUUAUGCUGUGAGCAAUUAAUACGUUUUAUUUGCCUUUAAUACAGUUUACAUUAUAUAGGGGGGUGGGGGUGGGCAUCUAUUAACGGAAUGGGGGUGUGGGUGGGAUCCAUAGAUGCAAGGGGGGUGGGGGUGUGAUCCAUACAUACUAUCUGAGGGGGUGGGGGUGUGAUCCAUACGGGGGUGGGGGUGUGAUCCAUACAGGGGUGGGGGUGUGAUGUAUACAUCAAAACGGGGUGGGUGUGGGGGGUUGGCAUCUAUGCUUGACCACACAACUAAUCCCGAAACAAUUUUGCUUAAAAAUAGGAAGGUCUCAAAGAAUUUAAUCUUGGAUUGCUUUCCAAAUUGUAAUUAG